AUGCCCCCAACAUGCAAAGACCCGUUCAUCAACGUUGCUUUCGAUCCAGCGAUGAGACUGAUGUCUCAGGAUAACCGUAACCGCCGCCAGCAGUACUUGCGCAGCAUAGGUGUUCAAGGCUCUGUGCCCCGCAACAAGUCUGACAAACAUCAUUUCUACAACCCACUACCGCUGCCGCCACCACCGCCAGCAGCAGCAGCACCACCACCACCAGCAGCAGCACCAUCACCAUCACCAUCACCAUCACCAUCACCAUCACCAUCACCAUCACCAUCACCAUCACCAUCACCAUCACCAUCACCAUCACCAUCACCAUCACCAUCACCAUCACCAUCACCAUCACCAUCACCAUCACCAUCACCAUCACCAUCACCAUCACCAUCACCAUCACCAUCACCAUCACCAUCACCAUCACCAUCUUUACCACCAUCCCCAUUAUUGUCUCCACUACCUUUCCUCCCGCCAUCCCCACUACCGUUCCUCCCGCUGUUGUUCCUCCCCCCGUCCCUGCUAUCAUUCCUCCCACCAUUCCCACCAUCCCUGCCACGACUAUCACUGCAACCCCAAACCGUGGCAGAUGAGGAGGAAUUGGCUUGGCUAGUGGCACAACUUACUCGAGACCUUGAACCCAGCAUUCCGGACCACCUCACAGUCAAGGAUCACACAACCCAAUUAAUAAAUCAUGAUGUCGCGUAUGCGCUGAAACUUUCGGAAACAUUUCAACUUUGGACCCUUAUUGUGCGGUUCUGGGAGUUUACCAAGAAAGCCGACUCACUGGACAUCUUGCUCGUUCUCAUUGGCUACAUACUCAUGCACACAUCAUUCAUUCGCCUGUUCUUCUCAGCUCAUGCGCUUGGUUCCAACUUGAAGCUCAGCCUUGCAAUAUUGUCAUCAUCUAUCCUCGCAUUCAUGCUCGCUCUUCCUAUCUCGCAUUACCUCGAGAUUCCUUUGGAUCCAAUCAGCCUCACUGAAGCUCUACCUUUCUUUGUGUGCACAGUUGGUUUUGAUAAGCCCCUCCAUCUGGCAGCUGCAGUGUUCAACCAUCCUCAUCUGUUGUCUCCAGUUAAGGAGGGCAGGUGGUGUGGCCAGAUGAAACCUGCUGGUGAAGUAGUUAUGGAAGCGAUCAAAAACAGCGGUAAUGCCAUCUUACGUGGUUAUGCGCUUGAGAUCGCGGUCCUCUCCAUGGGAGCGAAGAGUAAAGUUGGUGGUCUGAAGGAGUUCUGUGCACUUGUGGCACUGACACUGACGUUGGAUUGUGUGUUAUUUGGCACCUUCUAUGCUGCGAUGUUGGCAAUUAUGGUUGAGGUUCGGAGGAUCAAAGCUGCUCGUGAUAUGACAAGAUCCCGGAGCUUGAAUAAUCUUAGUGAACGCAAGCCAAGUGCGCUCGUCCAUUCGCCCCCUCAAGUCCAGGACGCCAGUCUUAGCCGUCAGCUAUCAGAAACCCUAUUGGGUGUCAAGGGUUCCAUGCUCAGACAGAAGAACAGCCCACCGCCAGAAGUUAAGGAAGAGAAUCCUCUCGCACGUCUGAAACUUCUUCUUAUCGUAUCCUUCCUAACUGUGCACAUUCUCAACUUCACAACCAUGCUCACUCCUGCAACCAUUUCGAGAGUUGACAUAACCUCUCCUGCUAUUGCCAGUGUCCUCGCCAACCCUGCUGCUAUCAAUGCCACUCUUCAAAUCGCGCUGCCCCUGUACAUUCGCGUCAUGCCACCAGGUCCGGGCAUUGCUGAGGGUGCCAUGCGUGGACUGCAGCCCAACAAUGUGCGCUUUAGGUUGGUCAUUGCCGAGAAACGUGAAAAGGAUGAUGAGGACAUAGUGACCCCUGGAGUUAGGGCUGUUGGUGGACGCAGACGCUCAUCCUUCAUAGUUGGUGAUUCGAAGCCUUCCUUGCCGAGUUCUUCAGAUUCAGAGAAGCCUAUCGUUUGUCCCCUUGCUAUCCGCCCUAUGCGGGUCCUUGCACCCAUUGCAAUUCCCGCUACCACCGGUGUAUCUGCACAAAUGCUUGACAUGAAGCUCUGUACACAAGCUGCACCUGCACCAAGAGAGGACCAGCCGAUUCAGUUCCCCAUUCGAUCGUUGGAACAGUGCAUCGAGGUGUUUGAGAAUGGACCUCGUCCUGUGUCAGCAGCUCUUGCAACACUCAAUGAUGAAGAGGUUGUCAUGCUUGCACAGAAUGGGAAGAUUGCAGCAUAUGCUUUGGAGAAGGUGCUUGGUGAUCUUGAGCGGGCUGUUACUGUCCGUCUUGCAUUGAUCUCUCGUGCAACUGAUACCAAAUCGCUUGAAUACUCGGAUAUCCCCAUGCACAACUACGAUUACUCUCAUGUCAUUCGAGGGGUGCCUUUCGCGUCAAUUCACCCAUGCCAUACACAAGGCUUCCAGCAGCAGGUGUUGUCUUGGCGGAACAGAAAGAUGGCACUGGAGCUAAUGCCCCUACUUGGAGAUUAA